UACUUUAAUCUUUUAAUGGUAAUAAGAAAUGUAAUAAUCAUAAAUUAUUAUUUUGUAGAUGUUAAUUGGGGAAGUAGUACGCAAGCGCAAAUGUAUAAAACAGCGCUGUCGAGCGCCCACGCCCUGGCGCGUACGGGAGAGCACGUGAAGAACUACUGGCCACAACUGUUGGUGCUGGCUGGACGGCCUCAGGCCAGGCCGGCUCUCGUGGACCUCGGCAACCUUAUUUCCAAAGCCGGAUCGCUCAUGAUUGUUGGCGAUAUUAGUCAGGAGAAGUUGUCGUACAAGGUGCGCUCAGCCCGCGCGCGGAGCGACGACGAGUGGCUGCGCGGGCGCAAGGUGCGCGCGUUCUGCUCGCGCGUGCACGGCUUCAGCUUCGAGCCCGGCGCGCGCGCGCUCGUGCAGGCCUCCGGCGUCGGUCGCCUCGCGCCCAACGUGCUGCUCAUGGGCUACAAGUCUGACUGGACCACGUGUCCUGCUAACGACCUCGUCUCUUACUUCAAUGUCUUACAUACAGCUUUCGAGAACCGCUUGGCGGUGGCAAUAGUGCGCGUGAGCGGCGGGCUGGACUACAGCGCGGUGGUGUCGGAGGGCGCGGAGGAGGGCGCGGCGGGGUCGCUGACGGCCACCUCCUCCAGCGGCGAGCUGCGCGUGCGUCGCGACGGACUCAUCAUGCACGCCGAUUCAGACCUCGACAUACGCGACACCCAGCCCAAACACAACCUCUCCAACUUGCUAACACUGACCACGUCGAGAUCGUUCACGAUAUCGGAGUGCAAAGAGAAGGACAAAAAGAAGAAAGAGCGGAAACCGAACGACAUGCACCGGCAGAUCGUGUACAACACCGCGUCCGGGCUCGAGCUGUCCAAAUUCCAAUUGGCGCAGAUGAGCCUCUUCCAGAAGAAACAGGAGUCGGGCACGUUAGACGUGUGGUGGUUAUACGACGAUGGUGGGCUGACCAUCCUGUUACCGUACAUCAUCUCGCAGAGGUCCGCCUGGGCCAACUGCAAACUCAGGAUAUUCGCGCUUGCCAACCGACUGCACGAGAUGGAACUAGAGGAGAGAAACAUGGCGAACUUGCUGGCCAAGUUCCGGAUAGACUAUUCAUCGCUGACGAUGGUUCAAGAUAUAACAGAUCCGCCGCAACCUGAAACCAAAGCAUUGUUCGACGAAACUAUUAAGAAGUUCACAGAGGAAUCAGCUUCGCCAGAUUGCCGCAUCAGUGAUAUGGAGCUGCAGACGCUGGCGGUGAAAACGAACCGACAGUUGAGGCUGAGAGAGUUGCUGCUCGCCAACUCGAAAGAUGCUCGUCUCGUGGUCAUGUCGCUACCGAUGCCGAGAAAAGGCUCGAUAUCGGCGCCGCUGUACAUGGCGUGGCUGGAGAUGAUGAGCCGCGACUUGCCGCCGAUGCUGUUCGUACGCGGCAACCACACCUCAGUACUCACAUUCUAUUCUUAACGCCCCUCAUACAAUCGCAUUCUUAGAAAUAUAAAAUUAACUUUUCAUCAGAAUUCAUAGCCUUCAAAUCCAGAACUUUCCACUUAAAAUGGUAAUAAGAAAGACAACCGUCUCUGUCAUUUGAAUAUGAAUACAAUCAAACGAUGCGGACGUUCAUGUUGUGUUUAAAGCUACGUUCUUAAGGCCAGAUUAGUUUAUUAAGUGUGUUGAAGAAAUUUUGUUUGUUCACAUUUCCAUGAAUUAUUUAAAAUUGUUAUACUAAGGGUAGCUAGGGUGGGGCGGAAGUAUGGCUGAUAUAGAAAUGUCUUUGCCGACACUCGAAAAAGCCAUGCGUUUACAAGGGCCCUAACAUGGUCCAGGCUUUUCGUUGAAUUUGGCGACUUUUUUUUCUUUUUUGCGUCCGUCAGCUUGUCCCCUCCUAGAGAUAAUACGUAGCUAUGCCAAUGUUCUUUAUAGUGCCGCACAAAUUUUAAAUAGGCAGGGACUGCCAGCACUAUUUAACACCAUUACAAAAUACGAAUCGCUUGGAUGAUAGAUUAUAGAUUAAUUUUGAUAGUGCAUUUUACGUUUUUAUUUAUUUAGUUAAAUUAUAUUAGUUUAAAUGACAGUUCCAAAGAUAAUGUAGUACUUUAUAUAUAUUUUUAUUUUUAAUGUAUUUCGUUUUCUUUUUAAUAACGACAAUGUACACGUAUUUAACUUGUAACAAAGGGUUCAAUAAAAUUUCCAUUCGAUCAUAAGUGCUUACGAUAAAUCAUAUCCAUAUGUAUAUUAUAAACGCCACAGUACUCUCUGUCUGUUAUACUUUCACGGCUGAACCACUGCACCGACUUUGCUGUUUGUUAUGGAGAUACUUUGAGAUCCUAGGAAGGACAUAUUUUAUCCCGGGACAUUAUAUAACGGGAAAUUAUCCCGGAAUAACUCUAUCACGCGGGCGGAGCCGAGAGCAAAAGCUAGUCAUUUUAUAAAUUUGAAUACCGAGGUAAUAUUGAUGGUCAUUGUAUUGUCUAUAAUAUAUUAUUCAACUUUUUCCCACAGUAACUGUUGUUUUAAUAAUAUAUUUUGUACUUAUGAAGUAAGCUUAAUCAUUUGUAAUGCAUAAAUAAAUAUAAGUAAUAAAUAAAUUAAUUUAGUUUCAUAGACUAGAGUAUAGAGAAUGUAUGACAUGAAAUAAGUAAUUAUGUAAGUGUAUACAAUAUAUUUAGUUUUAUCUGUAAUAUAGACACUUUAAUUAUAGAGUCGAUUCCACAGAAUAAUUAGUUUCAUGAAUAACAACCGAUUUUGUGUAAGAAAAAAAUUGCGGCGAAAUGAGCUUAAAUAGUACCUACUUUGCAUUAAAUAACAAAAUGUCAGCAUAAUAUAUAUAGAUAGUAUUCCAAUCAAUUAUGCGUAUGUUCAGAAAAUAACCCAAAUAAUAACGUGCCUCGUAAUGUGAAAUUUAUUACUUACCUAUGUAUUUUGUGAUAUUUCGUAUUACACAAUAAAUUUUAUAUUUUCUAGA